AAGGAUAGUAGUGGAUAUCCUGUUUCAACACCUUGUGUCAACCAAAUUUUUGAAAAAAUUUGGGAUAAUAAGUUUGGGAUACUUCUAUUUGAGACAAUCAAUUUAAUUAAAGAGAAGGGCUGGAACAUAGAAAAGUUUUGGGAAUUACAGGUCAAAGCUGAGCACGAAAUGGACUUAUUUCAAAAAGAAAUACCGAUCCAAGUCAUUUGUUGCAUUGAUGAAGCACACAAGUUGCUUGAAAAAUAUUGUUUAUUAAUGAUGACACCUAUUUUAUUCAAUGGAGGAGACAAAUUCGGAAUAUCACAAACGGAAAAAUUGUAUUUGGAUGUUCAUACCAUAGAUGCAUUGUCAAACCUUGUGUCACUUGGAGUAUAUUAUGAUCCACAAAGGACAUUAGAUGUUAUAACGUCUCAUAUGACAACUGCUAUAGGUGUAUCAGAAGAUCGCACGGAUAUUCUUUGCACAUAUCCUUCCGAUCCUAUCCUUGUAUCUGGAGCAUUAAAAGGAAUGAUCGAAAUUGGUUUUGAAAAAUGUUUAGACACACUACUCUUUGUAAAGGAAUCGAUACAAGAUCUUGAUGACCUUCUUAUAAAUAUGAAAAUAGAUCAGGCUGAAAUUGGCUUUAACCACUGGACAUCUUUGUUAGCUUCCAGUAGACAAUAUACGAAUCAAGGAGGACGGAAUAAUCCAAAGAUAGAGAUAAAAGAAAUAGAGCUCAAAAAGACAAAAGGUAGAGAUAUUGCUUUAUGUAAGACUAUCUAUAUUCAAAAUAUUAAAUCUUUUAGCUGCGAGACAGAAAUUCGUAAUAGAUUAUUUGAUCCUCGAUGGAGAACGGUCUUUAGUUGA